UGGAGGGUCAUCUCAUUCGUCGAAACAAGGCGUUAUCUACCGCAGCCUAAAUCUAUUAAUAUACAAGUAAAUUGAUAUUAACCGACCAAAAACCACGCCCAGCGGCAUAUAGGAGGAGAGGCGACAGGAGAACCAUGUAUUUAGGAGCUAGGAUCCAGGUUUCCGCACCAGCUCCCCGGCCUUCGCACUACAAGCCUUCGAUUCUCACCGACGGUAGCAGCCCAAAUCGCCCAAGAUGCAGUGGAAAGCACUCGCCCUCGCCCUCCUCGUGGAGCGCGGCUUCGGCCAGGGGAUGUUCCCGAUGAUGCGGUUCAGCUGCUCGCAGCUCGUCGUCGACCGUCUGGACCCCCUCGUGACCCCGGGCUCCAUCCCGUCGCCGCAUCUGCACCAGAUCGUCGGAGGUAACUCGUUCAACGCAUCCAUGGACCCCGCGACACACGAUCUCCCCUCGUCCUCUACAUGCACCAGCUGCACUUUCUCCGAAGACUUCUCCAACUACUGGACCGCGGUCCUGUUCUUCAAAGCCCGCAACGGAACAUACAAGCGUGUCCCCCAAUUCGCGAGCGAGGGUCUCCGCGCCGACGGCGGUAUCACAGUGUACUACAUCCCAGCAGCCGACGGCCGAUCCAACGUCACGGCAUUCAAGCCCGGCUUCCGCAUGCUCGUCGGAGACGCCGCCGCGACAGCACCAGGGUCCGCACGCAAGGUAUGCCACCGCUGCAUGCCGAAGACGGGAGACAACAGCAACAUCAACUGCGGCGCUCCGGACAGCCAAGCGCUACCCGCGGGCCAAUGCGCCGGCGGUAUUCGCUCCGUCAUUACCUUCCCAACCUGCUGGGACGGCGUCAAUACCGAUAGCCCGGACCAUAUGUCCCAUGUUGCUUACCCUGAGGGAUCGAACGGUAAUGAUGUUGGUGCGGCGGGUAACUGUCCCGCGAGCCACCCGGUGAAGAUCCCGCAGGUCAUGCUGGAGGUUAUGUGGGAUACCCGACCUUUCAACGACAAGAGCAUUUGGCCCGAGGACGGAUCGCAACCUUUCGUCUGGUCUACUAACGACAAGGACGGAUACUCGCAGCACGGAGACUACGUCUUCGGUUGGGAAGGCGACUCUCUUCAACGUGCCAUGGACGCCCGCUGCAACGGCGCGGUGUGCAAUGCGCUCAAGACUCAGUCUUCGGAGGCGGCGAUGAAGUGCACGAAGCCGCGCGUUGUUGAGGAGGAUAUCGAUGGAUGGACGACUUCGAUUCCGGGCCAGACCAUGUAAAAUGCGUAGUAGAUUGGAUUUAGUGGGAUUUCGGAAUUGAACGGUUGGAAACCUUGGAAUAGAAUGAACCUUGGAAGUAUUAAUGAGAAAAUACCUACCUUCUAUAACAUGCCCUAAUCGCUUAUAAUC